UGGUUGUUAAAUGAGGUGAUUUCACAUCACAACAUUCCCAUCUCGAGUUAAUCCCGUUAAUCUGGCGUAGAAUUACAUAUCUGCAAUGAUUGGCACCAGAUUAACGGGCCUCAAGUAGUUGAUACUGGCAUUCAAACCCUCAGCAACCAGUAGUUGUGCAAACAUUGCUUAGUUAACAGUUACGACUGACAGUGUCGCAGGCCUUUAUCAGAUCGCCGUUUGGCACAGUGACCAAAGUAAUGGGUAGCGAUUGUUCCAAACGCUCUGGCCAAUCCGAUAUCAGCGCCCGUCCGUCCAAAGUUGUUAAAAUGGGCGCAUUUGGCGACACCGAUGGAAACAUUUGCAUCGAAUCCAUUCAGAGGGACGAUCUGAUGGUGAUGAAUGUCAUUCAACAGGAGCUCCAACAGAAUGCGCAUGCGUUUGUGUUGAAUAACUUGAUUUUGAGUCUUCAGUUUUUCGCCGAUCACAAAGAACUGAUCAAGCGCCUCCAGCAAGUAUCGGCGACGCCCCAGGAAAAAGAGAUGAACAAAACCCUGCUCAAAGAUGAAACCAUGGAAUGCACGUAUCCAGACGCCAUCCUGGAGGAGGUGAACAAGAACAUCAUCUAUAGAACCACUGAUGAGUACAGCCAGUCUGAAGCGCUCUUCACCCGGCGCAUUUAUGUGAUCAACGAUCUCAUUGAGGUGGUCAAGUCGGACGAGAUUCCCCAAUACACGUCCAUCGACAAGCCGUGCUACCAGGUGAAGAUUGAAGAUUGCAAAAGGAAAGGCUUCCUGAAGCUCCAGCAGGUGGAAAACAACGCCCCCAUCCUCAACUCCAGAGAAUAUGAGGAAGACUACGAGCCCCUGCCAGGGCCCUCAUCCAGAUCUGAUUCGGAAUGCGACUACUCACGCAUCACCGAACUGAGAACCCCCAAAGUCAUCGAAAUCGAUCAAGCAAUUGAGCGAAGGGACACUCUUCCCGAAACCUGCUUCACUCAUCGGAAGAUCAAGUGUAUCCCAGUGGACUCACUGGAAGAAGACGACGAGCAGCAACGCCUGGAGUUCCUGGCGAACUUAAAUGAGGCCGAUCUGAUCAAAGACGUCAUCUACAUCAACUCCAGCGGCGUUAUGAAGUACUUCCAAAACACCCUCUUCCCCAUAUCGCUGGGGAAGACUCUGGGCUUCAGUGAGGAGGCGAUCUUCAUGGCCAAGGCUAUUCCCGGCCGCAUAUUCUGCGACGAAAUCGACAUCGAAACCAACGUGAAAAAGGCCUUUGAGGUCAUUCCAGCGGUGGGCAUCCCGUUCCCGGACGACCAGACCAUUGAGUUUGUAUAUCGAGAGGAUCGGCCUACUAUAGUGGACCGAAGAACGGGCGUCAAGUACCGAUGGCCUACGACAGGAACUGGCGGGAUGAUCGAGGAAAUUCGGAACAUGUCAGCAGUGCUGGUGCCCAAGGGAUAUGCGAAGAAAAAGGGCGUGAAUAGAGAUGCGAGUUUGGAAUGGGAAGUCAAUUUCCCUAAAGCAGAACGGUACUUGGAGGCGCGCAUGUCCCACGCCCAGAUGAAAUGCAUGCUCCUGCUGCUCACACUGCACAAGACCUUCAUAGCGCCAGUGACGGCGCAAAAUGGGCUCUUGCCCGAACACAUUCGCACCCAUAUGUACUGGCAGUGCGAGCGCGAUUACCGGAACUGGCCGGAACAUCGACUGGGCACCAAAUUGCUCCGAGUCAUCAAAGAUCUACAACACACCCUUUUCUUAGGUUCACUACCGCACUUCUUCAUCAAAGAUCGCGAUCUAUUCGAGAACAUUCCCAAACAGUACCUGAACUAUGCCCAAAAGGUGCUGCUGCAAAUCCUCAACAACCCAGUGCCGUACUUUGUAAAAGCGCUAGGGAACUUGCGCUACACCAGCGGCAAAUUCUACCCGCCCCUGGACUUGCAGGAACUCUACCAGGCCCUGAAAACCAAGUCAAGUGCCGCCUUGGUCAAUCCCCAGUUGAGCUACCAGCUGGUGCCGCAGCUGAAGCGGAGACUCUACAGGGACCCCGACCAGCAAAUGAAGCACCUGAAGUAUCUGAAAAAGAAGGAGCAACUGCUAAGGGAGCGCGUGCUGGAGAAGGAAGCGGAGCGCAAGGCUAGGGAAAUGGAUGAAGUGUUGAUGAAGGAAAUGGUGGAUGUCGAGGAGCCCAUUGACAAGGAGCUGGACAUUUGGAAGACCAAGGCUGUUCUGGACAUUUUCAUCCGACACUACAUAGACAUUGCCAGGAAAAGCUCGAAUAUCGCCAAUUCCGAACAGGCCCUGUUCUACCUGAAGCAGGCCGCAUAUUUGGCCAAAAUCCUGGAAGAUACCUCAGGAGCCUUUUUGGAGGAAAUUCGGGAAUACCGACAAACCAUUGCCAAAGAGGAGGCGCGCAUUAAAAGAAAAUCCGUCAGGUCGAUUUCCUUCAGUGAAAACAAACCUCCCACACCAUUGCGCAAUUCCAACUCCUUCAGCGUCCAGGAAAUCAAUCAGCAACUGAAGUUUGGCUCGAUUAAGCUGAACAAUCUACAAGUGUCGUUUACGAAUGGGGCCCAGCCUCCGGCUGUCCCCAGAAGCCUUAAACCGUCCGCUGUCCAGAGGAGUGACAGUCACAGCAAGCAGAAUGGCUUGGUUCCCAAGCAGCGGAAAACUGUAGCUUUUGUCGAAUAGUUGUAUGUUUUUCUUUCUACCCUAGUAGGGCUUCAGGAGGAUCAGUUUUUCAGUAGAAUAUAACGUUUUUGUAUAUAAAUAGCUUUUGUAAAUAGGCGCUGAUGUUAGGAUAAGAACGCAAUGUAAAGAAUAAAUUAUUGACGCUUA